GGAACGAAGGAUGGGCUUGAAAAGACCAAAUUAGCCGUCAUGCGAAAAGUUUCCUUCCUACAGAGAAAAGAUCCACUGGAAGAGGAGGAUGAUGCAGGAUACCUGGACAUAGCUGUGCCAGAAGGGAAGCAUCCUCCCCUACAACUGAGCCCCAUGCCUGAGAAGCUGACCAGCCACCAGGUUGUCAGACGCCAUAUCCUCAGCUCCAUUAUUCAGAGCGAGCGGAGCUACCUGGAGUCUCUCAGGAGAAUCUUGCAGGAAUAUCACAGACCGUUGAUUGAAGCUGAUCCACGCAUCCUGAGUCCACGGAAAAUCCGGCCUAUAUUUUAUCGAAUCAGGGAGAUCACACAGUGCCACUCCAUGUUUCAGAUUGCACUGGCAUCACGUGUUGCUGAGUGGGACAGCAGUGAGAAGAUUGGAGACCUAUUUGUUGCCUCGUUUUCCAAGUCAAUGGUGCUGGAUGUAUACAGUGAUUAUGUGAACAACUUCACCAAUGCCAUGGCUCUCAUUAAGAAGGCAUGCAUGUCCAAACCUGCUUUUCUGGAAUUCUUAAAGAAGCAGGCGUCUAGUGUUGACCGGAUCACUCUGUAUGGCCUGAUGGUGAAGCCCAUUCAGCGAUUCCCCCAGUUCAUAUUGCUCCUGCAGGACAUGCUUAAGAACACGCCGAAGGGCCACGUGGAUCGUCUGCCCCUGCAGCUCGCUCUGACAGAGCUGGAAAUGCUGGCGGAGAAGCUGAAUGAACAGAAACGAAUAGCUGACCAGAUUGCAGAAACUCAACAACUAGCCCGCAGCGUCAGUGAUCGCCUGCUCAGUAAGCAACUCAGCUUGGAGCAGGGGUCACUGGUCCUUUGUGAGACGCUUAUUGAGACUGUGUAUGGGGAGAGGGGACAAGUCCUGAAGUCAAAAGAGAGAAAGGUCUUCCUCUUUGAUGAUGUUCUCAUCUGUGGCAACAUAAAUGUCAAGGGGCCCCCAGAUAUCAGCAGCCUGGUCCCUGUCGGCCCCAAGUACACCAUGAAGUGGAGCGCCCCCUUACAGCAGGUGCAAGUAGUAGAGGUGGGGCAAGAGGGCGCUCAAGGCAAAGACACUUUCUUCCAACAAAGUGGGGCUAAGCGUCCGAGCAGUGCAUACACUUCAGGUAAAGCAGCCCUGGGCCCUCCACAGCUCUACCACGAGCUGCAGGAACUCCAACAUGAUCUCUCUGUUGUGGAGGAGGUCACUCUCCUUGUAGGCACGCUGCAAGGGACAUACCAGAACCUGAACACCACUGUGGCCCAGGACUGGUGUCUGGCUCUGCAGAGGUUUAUUCAUAUCAAAGAAGAACAGAUCCAGAGUGCUAACAAAUGUCGCCUACGCCUGCAGGUGCCCGGCAGGCCAGACAAGUCAGGGCGCCCUGUCAGUUUCAUGGUGGUCUUCAACACUCCCAGCCCCCUUAGUAAAAUCUCCUGGGUCAACCGUCUGCACUUGGCCAAGAUUGCACUACGAGAGGAGAAUUCACCAGGCUGGUUGUGUAGGGAGGAUGAAGGGAAGACGAUGACCCCGUUUCGUUGUCCACUGCUUGCCUGUCACAUGCCUGUCUUUGCUGUGAAGUCACCAGAAAGAAAGCUUGAAGCUGCCCUCCACAAUCCUGUUCACUGUGCAUUGUUGGGCUUCUCUGCUGCGAGCACCUCCUUACCUCAAGGCUACCUCUGGGUGGCUAGUGGAGGAGUAGGUUCUGAGGGGCACAUAGAGAUAUUUUCUCUCAACAGGCCCACACCAAGAGCUGUAAAGAGCCUGCAGGUAGGCUCUGCUGUCCGAUGUCUGGAAUAUGUGCCUGAACCUUUUCCAUCUGAGGAAGUGGAGGCUGGAAUUCACGAGGCCCCUUCGGGGAUGUGCACCAACAUUUGUGUUGGAUUAGAUAAUGGCCGCAUACUGGUCUACAGCAGCGUGGACACCGCAGCACAAUGCACGGUGACCCUCAGUAACCCAGAGGGCUGCCCUGUGCUGUGCCUGAGGCACUCCUCUCGGUUCCUGUUUGCAGGUCUGCAGAAUGGGACUGUGAUGGUUUAUGGAAGAAAUAACAGUGAUGACCUUUGGGACCCUGGCUCCUACAGAUGUGUAAACCUGGGCUCAGAACCAGUGCGGACACUGUUAGUGUUAGAUGACUCGGUGUGGGCAAGCUGCGGAAACUCCGUCACAGUCAUGGACAUCUCCAGCCUCUCCACUCAGAAGUUUGAAGUCCAUCCAGAACCAACGGUUAGUGUUGCACACAUGGUUUGUGCCGGUGGAGGGGUGUGGAUGGCGUUCUCUGAGGGUUCCUCCAUUCGUCUAUUUCAUACCGAAACACUGGAGCUUCUACAGGAAAUCAACAUCUCAUCACGGUCAACACUUCUGAACACUGGUCAGAAGAGCAUGCGAGUCACGAGUCUUCUGAUUUGCCAGGGUCUGUUAUGGGUGGGCACUGCACAAGGUGUAAUUAUCACUCUUCCAGUUCCCAAACUGGAGGGCAUCCCCAAAAUAACAGGAAAGGGAAUGAUCUCUCUCAAUGCCCACUGUGGGCCUGUGGACUUACUGGUAGCCAUCACUAGUGCCCUGUCUCCUGAACUGCUGAAAAGGGAUUCUGUUGGCGAUGGCCCAGACUCUGCCUGUGGAGCCGAGGACCGCAGCGACACUUCCUCUCAGGAAUCCCUCCAGCAGUCCAACUCCUAUCAGGGAGAGGGGAUGGGCAAAGGGCGCGGCAUUCUGCUACAGUACAAGCUGCGCUCCACAGCAGGAUUACCUGGCCGUCCGUUAACGGCGCAGGGCGAUGAGGCAUCAGAUUCCUCCCUGGAAUCUCUAGAGCACAGCGUGGAAGACGGAUCUAUCUAUGAGCUCAGUGACGACCCAGAAAUGUGGGUUAGGGGGCGUCCCUGUAAGAGGCAGACAGGGCACAAGGACAAGGUGAUCUCUGCAGCGGUUAUCUCUGGAGGUAGGGGUUUCCGUAGACUGAAGGAAGGCACGGCAGCAGGUACUGGGAUGAGUGGGGAGGGUUUAGAGAAUAUUCUUAUGGUAUGGCAGCUCCCACUGACAGUGUGAUAUGGAAAAAUAAAUUGCAAGGUGAUGUGUAUUCAUAGAUGUCUGCUUAGCUUAGUCUCAAAUCACCUUCUCCAUAAAUUUAAGGGAUUGGUCUGUAUGAUGAGAACAUAUUGCCACUGUUACAGAACUUGACAUCUUAUGAUUUAGCCUGUGGAAUAAGGAAACGAAGACAUGUUGUUUACAAGAGGUACCGUCAGCCCAUAGGACGAUUUUGUUCAGGAGUUUGCAUCAUCUUCUUCCCAACAGUAGCAAUUUAUUCUAUGAUUAUUAUGAUCAGGUUCCUCUUCCCAACUUAGUUAGGAUUGAUUUGCCUCAAUUUAAUCUCAUCAUUGCUGCAUGUGGUCUGCCACAUUUUUGUGUGAAGGACUUUUGUGAGUGCCCAUGGACAGCAUGCCUUUGAGUGGCUGCCUUUGUUGAAUCUGCUAUGCUCUGCAGAGGCAGAGAUGGACAUCUUUUAUCUGAUCCAAUGGGAGAGAUCCCAUCUGUUCAGAGUUGAAAACUGGGGACUACCAUCGCAUCACAAGGCACAUUAGCAUCACUUUAUUAGCUUUGCCAGUCUUUCUCUCAUCCCAUACGAUGUGAAUGUAUGAUAGCUUCUGGCUCAGAACUGAAUUUAUGUCCUCUACAUGCAAGAAUUUCUUUUCUGUUGCAAAAAUAAGUAUUGGUUAUGAGAAAUGAGACACCACCUGGACCUGAAAAUGCCUUUGUUGGUCAAAGGAAAGCAAACUGGGGGGAAAUUUCUGAGAUCUAAGAGGUUAUGCUGUAAUUAUUACAGAUUUACUUGAAAAGUUUUGCUGCCAUCUUUCAGAGUAUUAUGUUGCUAAUGCCAGAUAUCUCUUUCAUUAUUCACUAUGAUCUAUCAGUUAGCUCAAAUAGACGUGUGCACAGGCUUGUUUAUACAUAGCUACCAACCAGCCACACAUCAGAAGCAAAAUGCUCUAGACAAGCGACAAAAUAAAAGUGGUGCAGCUGUGCAAACUGCCAAUGGCUAAUGAACAUACCAGCCUACCUAAGAGAAUCACCAGUUAGCCUGUUUAUAUGCAUGUUCAUUUUCAAUAAUAUACAAGAUGAUUUUUAUUAAAUGUGGUGUUUUACAGAACAUAGCAAAAGUUUGUAUUACAUUAAACAGGCACUGAUGUGUUGUAUUACCUGUGGUAUUAUCCAGAAGCUUUGUCCCAUCAACACUUGUGUUCAUGCUAAUAAUUGGUAAAUAUUUGGAGUUUAAUGCAAGCAUCAAUAUUUUAUGAUUAGGAUGUGAUGAUUCUUAUAAACAGCUUGUCAUCCCUGUUGGGUGGAAACACUGACAAUGGUGGACAUGGUGUCACUACUUCCCUCCACUAUGCAAAAGUGAAGCCAAAAUGCCAUGAAUACGGCAGCUGCCAUUUUGCAUUUAUGCAACCAGUAGUAACCAGAAGUGGAGUGACAGUAUCGGACCGCCAGUCAAAGCUGUCAAAUCAACUGAAAAAAAAAACCCUUUCAUAUAAUCAAAUAGCCUUUUAUAAACAAACUUACCAGAAAAAUGACCACUUGUACACACAUCCGAGUGAUAAUAUCUACCAAAAACACAGAAAUCACCUUUUUGAAAAAUCUAUUUGAAUUGCACUUUGACUUUUUAGUUUGGCUCAUGACCCAUCCACUAACAUGGAGGAGGUGGGAUUUAUGACCUAUACUGCAGCCAGCCACCAGGGGGCGAUUGACUUUUGGUGGCAUGACUUCUGGGAGCUCUCGGCCUGUUCGUUGUUUAUACAAUAGGUGGGUGGAAACCUCCCAUCUUUAUCUUUGAUGGUUUUUGCAGAUCAAAAAUGAUAUGGCCUUGCUUUAACCUGAUUUCAUUAAUAUAGAAAUGCAUUGUCACUACGCUUUACACAGGUUGUUCUUUUUUUUUACUUGUGAAAUAACAAGAUAAUGGAACAACAUGAUUUGUGUAUAUCAACAGCAGUAUGUUGAAACAGACUUGAUAUGAGAAGCACUCAGUGGUACAAUGUGUAAUACUGUGAAGAUUUUGUUUCAUAGCAUCUUAAUUCAAAGUUAUAGUAGCAUUGGCAGGGGUUUGAACAAGGACUAUUGCCAAAUGACAUCUACAGACGGGUGAUAAAUGAAAGGAAAACCCAUAUAAAUGAAUAGAUGACAGGAUGACAGUGCCCCCAUCCACAGGGUACGACGGGUCAGUGAACGGUCUGAUGAGUAUGAAAAUGAUGGAUGUUGGAUCGACAUGUUAGACAGUGUCUCCACUAUCAUCAAAAUACCAAACGAGGGAAUAUCUUUUGGAAGAAUGGUGUUCAUCCCUCCAGUAGAGUUCAGAGGCUUGGCGAGUCAGUGCCAAGGUGA